AUGGAUGGGGAAGCUGGCAAGGCAGUAAGGUCUGAAAUCCACAGUCCGGAGGCAUGUGGGGUCAAUUCAGCAGUCUGGGUCCAGGAGAGGGCAGGACAUGAAGGCCAAGUGACCAGCCCCAGGCCGCAGUGUCCUGUUAACCUCUCCCGGGUGAAUAAGAUUUGUGGCCGUCCAGUAAGAAUCCCCACACAAAGCCCCGCUGUCUUUGAUCUGAGCAAAGAGAAGCCUGGGAUGAAGUUCUCUGGGAGGAAUGGUGAAGAGACACUUGCCAACAGAAGAAAAGAAUUUAUCAACAGUCUUCGACUGUACAGGUCGUUCUACGGUGACCUGGCUGAUCAGCUCUGCGUUAAUGAAUUAGCUGCUGCCGAAGGACUGCCCUGCUGGAACGGAGAAGAUGUAGUAAAAAGCUAUACUCAGCGUGUGGUUGGAAAUGGAAUUAAAGCACAAUAUGGAAAUCCUGAAGUCAAAGUCAAAGGGACUGAUCCUGUGACAAAUCAGAUAAUUGAUAAACUGAAGCAUGUUAUUCAGUUAUUACAGGGUAAGUCUCCCAAACCGGACAAGUGGGAACUUCUUCAGCUGGGCAGUGGUGGCGGAAUGGUUGAGCAAGUCAGUGGAGACUGUGACGAUGAAGACGGUUGUGGGGGAUCAGGAAGCGGAGAAGUCAAGAGGACAUUAAAAAUCACAGACUGUAAGUGUAUGGUUCUAACACCACUUUUAAAGAGUUGGUUCUGA